GACAGACACACACACAGACACACACACAGACAGACAGACAGUGGUCAUGCCAUUUUCCAUGUGCCUUGCUGGGGGCGAGUUAGCGCCCCACCAGCAGAGAGAGCAGCUAUUUUGAAAGUGACCCCUCAUUCAGGCAGCGACGGUGCAGCUGUCAGGAACCAUGACUGAAGAUGACGGAUUCUGUUGUCGUGGAGGGAUAUGCCAGACUCAGAGAUGGAAAAAAGUGGAAAACUAGGUGGCUCGUUCUUCGCAAGCCGUCGCCUGUAGCAGACUGCCUUGUGCUGCUGGUUUUUAAAGACAAGUCCGAAAAAGCUCAGGGCAACAAGGAGAGGGCCAGUGUCACCUUGGAGGAGAUCUGUGGUCUGGAACUGGGACAGUGCUAUGAGGGCGUGGCUUUUACUCUGGCCAUCCUCUGCCUGAACCAGGCCGCGCUGCUGGGCUUUGACAACAGGGAGGCGCUGCAGGCGUGGGACGUUCGCCUGCGAUACAGCCUUGGAGAAGUUCACAGAUUCAGUGUUGGAGUGUUACCAGGGACUAAGUUGGAGAGUGGACCUGCAACUCUUCAUUUGUGCAACAACUUGCUGGCUCUGGCCCGGGAUGUCCCUCCUGUCAUCGUCGGACACUGGAACCUUCCAGACCUGCGCAGAUAUGGACCUGUACCCAACGGGUUUGUGUUUGAGGGAGGAACAAGAUGUGGAUACUGGGCCGGUGUGUUUUUGCUGGCAUCUGCUGAGAGCGAGCAGAUCAGCUUUCUGUUCGACUGCAUCGUCCGAGGCAUCUCCCCCACCAGAGGCCCUUUUGGACUGCGGCCAGUUUUGCCAGACCCCAGCUCCACGCAGACGAGUUCGGAGGAGAGGCUGAACCACGAGGCCCAGGAGCUGGAGAAGCGACUGAGCAUGCUCUCACACAGGAGCAGCACAGUUUCCUCCUCGUACUGCCCGUCUGCUGGAGGAGACGACCGCAGCAUAUCUGGCUCAUCUGACACAUCAGACAACAGCCAAUCAGACUGCAGCAUCAGCAGCCGGCUCGCCAUUUGGACCGACCCUCCCGCCAACCCGUCUGAAAACACCAGCUCAAGUAAAACAGCUCUACAGAGCACGGAGAAGCUUUCUGUCAACCAGGGAGGGGGAGUUCGGCCCGCUGCCAAGCCCCCCCGGCAGCUCCAGGAGAUCGGCCGUCAGAGCUCGUCUGACAGCGGCAUCGCCACGGGCAGCCAUUCCUCUUAUUCUGGAAGCUUCUCCUCUUACACGGGCAGCCUGGACAUAACAGCAGGGGAGGACUUUGGGUCUGUUUUCAGCUUGCCUCCCCACUUGGCUCAAGACCUGAGUCCCUGUACCUGCUCUGCUGUCCCUGGACAUGAGUACCAGGUACCAUCAUCACUCAGGUACCUCUAUGACUCACCUAAGAGUCUGUUACCAGAGGGGAGCGGGACUGCCAAAGACAAUGAACCCUCCAGCCCAACUAAGGACACUCCUACCUCUUCAAACCUCACGACAGACUCAACAAAGGAGGAGAAAAGUAGUGCCAAAACCUGCGAGGGCCACUCAGAAACUCCUGAAACAAAGUCAGUGAGUGAACACUUAGAGAAGGGUAAGAAAACCAAGAUGGCGCCCUCUAGUGAGCGCCCAGACUCCUGUUACAUCUGCACCUCUGUCUCCAAAACCAUCGUGACCAUCUGCUCCGUCUGUGGAGGAUUUAAGGGGACAUCGCACAUCCCUGCAAGUGGGUCAGUGAUCCCUGCCAUACCAGAAUGUCAUAUUUUCAAUCCAGCAGAUCAAGGUGUUGACAAGUCACCAUGCAGCCAAAACAAUAUUGUGAAAUCCUGCCCCUCUCCCGGCCUGGAGAAGCCAACAGCGAGGACGAGUGAGGAUUCACUGCUGCCAAAAAAGGGGAGAGAGAAAUUAGCAUGUCUCUUAUCCGAUCUGCUAGGCUUUCCCGGUGCUGUUAGGCAGCUGGAGGCGACGUCUAACAGACUGAACUUGUAUGAGUCGAUGAGCUCCAGGAAUGAGCUCAUAUCUGCGGCUACCGUCACCUGUGCGCCGCCAGAGAAAAAAGCAGUCAUUUACGAAAACUGUCUCAAGUGUCAAGGAGAGCGCUGCCGGCCUCCUCCACGGGCCGUACCUCCUGAAAUGAACCGCAACGGGAACAUUUCCACCUUCAAAACAUUUCCAGCCGGGCAGAAGAGAAGUGAAGAACACCAUGCAGCUGCUAAUGAAGCUCCCAGCGCUGGAUCACAGAGCGCAGAUGGGCAGUGUCAGUAUGAAGAGAGGAAUGGUCUGAACGUGACCAGUGAAGACAAAAGGCAUCAUAGUAAAGAGGAAAGACGCAGAGCCGAUCCUUCUUAUGAGAUCAUGGAGAGUCGGGCGCUGGAGAGAAACUCCGAGGCCGAAGAAAAAAGCAAGUAUGAGUUGAUGGGCAGCUGUGGUCAGCAGAGGUUCCUGCAGGAGACUGAAGAUCCCGGACGGCUCAUUACACCUACCGGACUUUCAGCUCUUCUGAGCCGACUAAUGAUGGAGUUUUCUGUAAAGACGAGAGGAGGUGGAAUCUGCUUCUACUUAAACAAAGGGCCGGUGUUCGUCUUCUCCCCCGAGGCGCCACUUCCUGAAAGGCCUCGCAGUGACGGUGUGACGUACGUGAAUAUUCCUGUCAGUCCCACAUCCAAGAAGCAGCUCAACUACAUGGAGCUGGAGCUGCAGGAGUCGGGUCCUGGACCCCGAGGGAGCGUCCCACAUCUCCCGCCUCAAAGAAAGAGCUCCACAAAGUACGCCCAGAUUGACAUCACUGCUACAGAAACAGCCCACAAAGUGGGCACACAGCACGCCCUGGGUCGGCAGGAGGGCCUGCACACUCUGGAGCUGAGACGAAAGGGGACGCCACACUGACUACUUCUUCACUGAACACUUUCUGAUCGCAGCAGGAUGCAUCUGCUCCGAGACCAGUGUACUACAGAAAACUAGAAGGUCCCCAAGAAACAUGGCUCUGACGGGGGUUUCAGUCCUAACAGUUCCUAAAAGAGCCCCAGAGGUUAAGUUUGGGAUUUUUCUCUCCUCUGUUGCAAUGUUUCAAUGCAGAUGGUUUGAAAGUUGCAUCAUCCAUGCUUCAAACACUCUCAUCUAAGAAAACACUGCCUCCUGAUGUUCACAUUCACACUUCGCCUCCGUAAAUUACAAACAACUUAAAGAUGGAGUCGACUCGGAGAGGUUUGGCAACGGAUCAGGAGAAGCAUUUCAAUCAUCUCAUUAAAUGGCAUCAUGUCAGCCUCGGGGUAACAUGAAGGAGCCAGUGCUGAGCUGAGUCACUGGUACUGAUAAAAACCCCUGAGCAGAGGCUUUUCACAGCUCACUCGGGCCGUCCCCCAAAACAUGUAAUGUGCUGUUCUCAUCCUUAUUCGGGACGAUGAGGUAUGCUGGCAGCAGGGGAAGAGGCAGAGAUGCUGUUGAUUUUCACAAGGACUUCAUAUUGGCUUAUUCCUCACAUCAGUAAGUCUACUUCAACUUGUACAAAACUCGCUUUGAAGCAUAAAAAUAUUUGGUGACUUCUUCCGUUCAGUCUUACUCAGAAUGCUUUUCUUUUAAUA